AUGACCUCCCUACGUCAGCAGGGAUCAACCCUCACCCAAUUGCCACACGAAUUCCUGCAACCCUCUCCCUCUCUGCACUCGGAGGCUCUAUCUAUAGCGAAACAGUACCUUGACCCCUUGGCGAGGGACAUCAGUCACUUUCAGCAAGUGAGACAGCAAGCUGCGCGACGAAAACGUAAAAGAGGCGGAACACAUACAUGGGAGAACAGCAAGCCACUAGCUUUGCGGCAGCUGCACACCGAUGGCUUCGAGAUCGACCAAAUAUGGGCACAGGCGAAAAGAAUACUUGACGCCACUACGGCUGAGCUAAACAGGGCUGCAUCUCGAUUGCCAGAGCGUGCAAAAGAGUCCAACGCUCCACCUAAGAGAUACGGGGGGGAUGAGAUCGAGGAAGAUCAAACCCUUGAUAUUGACACGGAAGGAGAUCAGCUAAUUGUGGGCGAUCUAUCUGGCAUAUCAGAGGAUCUAGGGGUUAGUGAUGAGGGGGCGGAAGGUGUCACCGAAGAUAUCGAAGAGACCGACGUAGAUUUUGCUCCCGACGGAAAUGAGGAGGUGCAAGAACCCUUUGCUCCAGAUAGAUCAGGACUGAAUGACGGUUUCUUCUCUAUUGAUGACUUCAAUCGCCAGUCGGACUUCCUAGAGCAGCAAGAUGCUCGAGGAGAAGAUGAUGAUGCAGCGAGCGACGAGGAGGACGUGGAUUGGGGAACAAAUCCUCUCGUCGCUGGUGCGAACGAGACCGUUGACAUAGCCCCACCAGGCCGAGGGAAGCCCGUGGAUCUUUCAUCCAGUAAGGAAGAUGGUCCAAUUUUCGGCAACGUCAAUCUCGACCGGCAAGACGACUCUGACUUAGAAGGUGAUCUUGACCUCGACGGCGCAACGGAAGACAUAGACGGCAUGCAAAAUACCGACAACAUUAUGUACAGAGACUUCUUCGAGCCUCCUCCCCGAAAACUUACCAAAUCUGCUCGACGACGAGCCCUUCCUAAAACCCAACCACCCUCCUCCUUAAUCUCUGGACCCGCAGCCCGGGAAAAUGACGAAGACAUGCAACGCACCAUCGAUUCCGUCCGCCGCGACAUCUUUGAAGACGACCUCACUCCUUCCGAGGCGGACUCCAACGCCUCCCAGCCCACAGGUCCGCGCUCUUCUCAUCAAAAGCGCCAAGCAGCUCUCACAAAGGAGAUACGGCGUCUUGAAGCUGAAGCUGUAGCAAAGAAACCCUGGACCAUGUCUGGGGAGGCCCGGGCUGCCGACCGACCUCUCAACUCCCUUUUAGAGGAAGACCUCGAAUUCGAGCGAGCCGGCAAGCCAGUACCUGUCAUCACGCAGGAAGUCAGCGAGGACAUAGAGACCCUGACGUCGGCCUGGCACGCUCACUACCGCAUCAGGGAAAGACGUAAGGAGAGGGGGGUCGAGCUUGAUGAUGGGAAGCCGACGCAGAACCUCGCAGAGAUUUACGAGGCUGAGCAUCUGAAGAAUGCAGACCCGGAAGGGUACGUGGACAAAUUGUCCGAGAUAGAGAAGAAAGAGCACGAGAAGAUAGAGGCAUUGUGGAAGGAUGUUAGCGCUAAGCUCGACGCGCUGUGUAAUUUGAACUUUAGACCGAAGCCUUUAGAGGCUAGCGUGAACGUUGUAACGGAUGUGCCGACCAUUAUGAUGGAGGAUGCGAGGCCGAAUGCAGGAAGUGAGGUGGGGCAAAGCAUGCUGGCGCCACAGGAAGUAUACAAGGCUGGGCAGGGACGAGACAAGAAGAUGGAAGUUCUAACGAAAGGCGGGCUAUCCGUAGGGAGGGAAGAGAUGACGAGGGAAGAGAAGCUGAGAAGACGGAGAAGGGAGAAGGAGAGGAUUAAGAAGGCUGGUGGAGUUGCGAGUGGCGUUGGGAAGGGGGCGGUGGUGAGGAAUAAGAAGGCUGACGAGAAGGAGAAGGUCGUGAAGGAUUUGAAACGAGGCGGGGUGAAGGUUAUUGGAAGGAAAGGGGAGAUUAGGGAUACAGAGGGAAGGGAGACGAAAGCUAGCGUAGCCAUGGGCAAGGGAGCUGGUGGUUACAAGCUGUAG